AUGGGAGGGGAAUCUCAAAGAAGAGGGACCAAGAACAUCCGUGAGGUGGAUGCUAGUGAGAGGAUUGGGAAGGGAUUAGAGGUGUUUCUAGUGAUUUACCUGGCAGCCCUGGUGGGGAAUCUUCUUAUCUUCAUGGUUAUAGUCUUCGACCACCACCUUCACACCCCCAUGUACUUCUUCCUGAUGAAUCUGUCUGUCCUAGACCUUGGCUCCAUCUCUGUGAUUGUCCCCAAAUCCAUGGCCAACUCCCUCAUGAACAUCAGGUCCAUUUCCUAUGCUGGAUGUGUUGCCCAAGUCUUUUUCCUCCUCUUCUUGUUGGAAGUAGAUUUUUCCCUUCUAAUUAUCAUGGCAUAUGACCGAUAUGUCGCCAUCUGCCAACCACUGCACUAUGAGACAAUAAUGAACAGCAGAGCGUGUAUACAAAUGGCAGCUGGUGCCUGGAUCAGUGGGAUUCUUUACUCUGUGCUACACACUGGGAACACGUUUGCAUUGACCUUCUGUGGAGGCAACAUGGUCGAUCAGUUCUUCUGUGAAAUCCCCCAGCUAUUGAAGCUCACCUGCUCUGACUCAUAUCUGACUGAAGUUAGGGUUCUUGCUUUUAGUAUAUGUUUGUUCUUAGGCUGCUUUAUUUUUAUCAUUGUGUCAUAUGUGCAGAUCUUCAAAUCAGUGUUGAGAAUCCCCUCUGAGCAAGGCCGGCAUAAAGCCUUCUCCACCUGCCUCCCUCACCUCAUUGUGGUCUCCUUGUUUGUUUGCAGUUCUAGCUUUGCCUACCUGAAACCCACCUCCAGCUCCCCAUCUGCUCUGGAUCUUGUGAUGGCUGUUCUCUAUUCUGUAUUGCCACCAAUCAUGAAUCCAAUUAUCUAUAGCAUGAGGAACAAGGAGAUGAAAGCUGCCCUGAGGAGACUGACUGAGUGUAUGUAA